CAUUAAUCAUUGAUCUAUCCAAGCUGUUAGAGAGCAAGAAGGUGGUGUCCACCCUGAAGGGCUUGUCACUCAGGGCACACAGAGAUACAGACAGACAAGCGUUUGUACUCAGGACAUACUUCAUAGAGUGCCUUUUGUAAUUAGAACAACAUCUUAUUUGUAUAUCACAUUUAAAACAUGCAUCCCAAAAGGUUGAUUCUGUUCAUCUGGAUGUAGCAUUUUCAGUGGGAGAAACGUUUCGUCACUCAGUGUUUCGUGAGUGACGAAACGGUUCUCCCACGUUUCUCCCACUGAAAACGCUACUUACCUGGGAUUUACUUACCUGGGUCAAAGUGACCCAUGUUUAAACAAAUGCCCCUCCCUAAGCCUGCUCUUCAGUUCUUCUUCCAAGCUGUCACAAGUGCUUCACAUAGCCUAAUCACCCCAGUGUUGUGUCUGUGCUGUCUUUACAUUACUAUGUGACACACCAAAAAACAUUUUUCAGAUUUUGUGAAUAUUACUCAGAAAAAAAAAUCCCAAGCAGGAGCUAGAUAAAAAGGACAAGGACAUUUUUUCACAAACAACAUAAUGCUAAGUAUUAUUACAGAAACAGCUCAUUUUGAUUCAAAAAACCUUUAUAAAAUUAUUAGGGAAGUGACACAUGUACUAUAAAUGCAGUGUUGACAAUGACAUCACUGGCAGUUAAUUUUUGGUGGAAUAUCUAACACAAUAACGUGAAAAACAUUUGGCAAUAGUGGUCAACAUGACUGACGAAUAGCUGAAGGUUGCAGACUUUUCUGUGACUUAUUGCCCCACAUUUGAACUGGCUUUCAGUGUGUCUGCCCCACAUUGAAACGAAGACAACACAACAACAUAUGUGAACACUUCACAUCAAUAGCUAACAUAUGCUUUUUAAAAAUUUAGAAUAGUAGAACAGAGUGAUCUGUGGUCUUGCCUGCGUACGCAGGUAUACAGCAGGUGAGUGUAUGUGCCUGUUUGAAAUGAUCUAUUGAGUUGUGUGGGUGUGCACUGAGGUGCAAAAGGGGAUUCCACACAGGUGUCUGGUUUUUUUAUUUGAUGUUGGUAUAACUCGAUCAUACACAUGCCAUGUGCAGAGGAGGUGUGGUGUGUAAGAUCCUCCCAGGCACUGGGUCUCUAUUCCUCAUUGAGUCUCCACUCACACAAAUGUGUGACAUCAUUGGAGUUUCCCCCUCUAUCGGUAAGAGCCUUUUAAAACAGGCUCUCACAGAUAGCGGCAUCAAACAAGAACGGUAGUGGAAGAAGAGGAGGAAAGGCUGCUAAGAAGUGAACUGUACCUUAUAGAAGGCACCCACUAAAAACAAUGGAAGGUGAAUGCAUGGUAGUGCUGGAUACAAUGAUCGACAAAGACACAGAGAAACAGGCAACACAGGAAAUCAAGCCCAGGUCAAAGCUAACCAUGGCCCUCCUGGCAUUCACACUUUGCCUCGCUGCUACUGCUGCUGCUGCCCUCGUUGUUAACAGGCAUGCUGAGGCUCCUGGACAAAAUGAGGACAAUUUUGAUCUCCAUCACACUUUGAGGCAAAUAUCAAAUGUGAGAGCAGCCAUUCAUUUGCAAGGAGUACACAACUAUAAUAGAAAGACCUCAGUGGAAUGGCAGAAGGAUGUGGACCAGUCCCACUCUCAGGGAGGACUAGAGCUCAAUAAAAAUGAAAUUGUGAUUCCUCGAGAUGGCCUCUACUUUGUUUACAGCCAAGCAUCUUUCCGGGUUAACUGCAGCAGCGAUGCCGACGAUACCUCCUCACACCCCAUGGUCCACCUGAGCCACACUGUCCAACGCUGGUCUCACUCAUAUGCACCUAAAUAUGUGACCAUUCUUCACUCUAUCCGUACAGUCUGCCAAAAGACAACCAGUAGUGAUUCAGAUGAGGAUGGGAACUGGUACUCUGCAGUUUACAUGGGGGCUGUGUUCAACUUGUAUGCCGGGGACAGACUGAGAACACAGACAGAGGAGGCAAUGCUGGAGAAAUUGGAGGAUGAGCCAGGGAAGAACUUCUUUGGUGUUUUUGCCUUGUGAGGAGAGGUGUCUGAUGAAUGUAGGUGAAAUGGUGACCUCAGACUCCAUUUCUCCACCAUGACCUGCUGCCCUUGUGGAAGGCUUUUAACUAUUGAAUGUGAGGAAGCCACAGAUGGUUCACAUUGCACUAAAGAGGUGAUGGAAAAUUUACUUUUACCAUCGGCCAUACUUGAAAUAUUUGUAUCAGCAAGUCAUUUCAUUGUAACUACAGCAGUCAACCAAAGAGUGCUACCAUGUCACUACAGGCUGACAGAAUAGAAAAACAAAGGGUUUACUUUUUGGGGAAUUUAUUUAUUUAACAUAUCUUUGUCGUAUUUAUUUUAUUUGUUGUAUUUAUGGAUUUAUUUAUUGAAAUAUUGAAAUACUUAUAUAUUUAUUAAUUUUAUUGUGUUUUAUACUGAAUGUCCAACUGUAUUUGUGCUGAUUUUUGUU